UUUUUUUGGGACUUGAUAACUAUGGAUUAAAUACAUGAAGCGGGAAUCUGGGUAACGAAGCGGCCCGUAACCCGUUGGAGAGAAGACUAGAAGAGUGGUCCAGUCAGGGAUGGAGAAGGGCAGGGGAACGGUUGCCAACACGUAUUUAUUUCAUUUACUCACUCGGUCCUAACAAGUAAGGAGAGAAAGAUGUACUAUCUACUGAAGACAGAGGCGUCUGAGUGGUCGUGGGAGGACCAAGCAGCCAACGGAGGCAUAACCAAGUGGGAUGGAGUCAAGAACAGGCAGGCCCAGAACUACCUCAAGUCCAUGUCCCUCCACGAUCUCUGCUUCUUCUACCACUCCGGCAACAAGGCCCGCCGCAUCGUCGGAGUUGUCACAGUGGUGCGCCAGUGGUACCAAGAGGGGGACGCCGGGGGUGCUGUCGACGUCAAGGCGGUGGGAGAGAUGCGGAGGCCGGUGGACCUAAAGGAGAUCAAAGGGGAUCCUGAGAUGAAGGGCUUCGCUCUCUUCAGGCAGCCUAGGCUCUCAGUUGUGCCCGUGCCGGACCACAUCUGGAACAAAAUCUGUGCUCUCGGAGGCGGCUACGAAGGUGACGCUCACGCUGCUACCACAUCCUCUGCGUCACCGAUUUGAUUUUUACUUUGUAAAUUGUAACUUCCAUCGCUGUUCCUAACUUCUGCUUUUUUUUUUGGACAGUCAACUUCUUUCGUCUCCCAGUUGUUUUUGUUUUUUUCAAAUUGUGGGUUGUUGAAUAUGGCUUGCCUAGCAUCAAAACUUUAUUGGGCCUGCGCAUGGUGCUUUUCCCUC